CACUUGCACUUACAUAUUUACAUACAUACCUACAUACAUACCACUCAUGCACGUAUGAAAACGUACAAAUUCCUUUGGAGAAAAACGAUUAGAGCUAAGCUAAAUGUCAGUAGCGAGCACGGCGGCGUUGACAAAGGCCACAGGAUACAAAGGACGAAAAGAAAUCGAAAGUCAUAUCUGAAAGCAUUGCCAAAAAGUUUAUACACUCUCUUGCAUGUUGGAUAUACAGACAGACGGUAGUGGUGUGCUAAAUGAAAAAAGCUAAGAAAUGUGGCAAAAUUUUAGUCAAAUAAAUCUGCAACAGCACAAACGAUUUAGUGGAGCAAUAGGAUUUUUGCUGCCGCUUUUGCUGCUUGCUUCCCUUUGUGAUGGCCUACAAUUAGGCGCUUUCACCACCAAAACGCCCAGGGUCACCAAGUAUACGACAAAACCAGCGUCGUCCUCGUCAAUGAAUCACGAAGCCACCACAUCAAUUUAUCGCCUCAAUGCCACUAAUGGAAUCACUUGCAUUUUGGUCAGCGUGGAUGGUUUGAUUAGCAUUAAGUAUCGAAAUAAAUUGAAUGAAGAUGUCGAGGCGGACCUCUACCUUCCCGAUGAUCCCAAGUUAAGCGGCGAAUGUGUGGAGUCCAACUACGAAACAUUGAGAUUAGAGUUCAAAGGAUUCGUGCUGACGAUGACAUUCCGCAAGUCCUCCGGUGGUGAAGGCUGGUACAUCAACCUAUUCGAACUCACUUACUCUUCAUCGAAUUCGCUCUUCGAACAUCCUGAUCGGGCUAAUUUGGAUGUAAAGCUCACCUCUCCAGCACACACACCCAUGUACUUCCCAACGCCCGUCGGCAAAUCCUAUGUCUGCGAUAAAGAGCAGAGCGUCGUUCUGUAUGCGCCAAUCGAUUCGGGUGAUAUGUCUGGCCACAUUGCGCGCCUCUAUCUGCGUGAUCUGCAUAUGCAAAGCUUUAUGUUCAAGGAGAGUGGCAAGUGGGGUCCACCGUUCCAUUGCAGUGCCACUGGGUCAUAUCGCGAUGAGACAGCACCACUAGCAGUGGGCACUGCGUUGGCGAUAGCUGUGCUGCUGACCAUUUCCGGCUAUGGUGGAUGGCGCUAUUUCAAGAUCAAGAAAGUGCAAUAUGGCUCGAUGGAGUAAGCUGGAGUGGCUUGCUGUAAUGUGUAUGUAUGUACAGUUACUUCGACAUUUACGUACCUACUAAAGUAUGCACCAUAGAUUUUACAAUAUCCAUAUAUGUAUAUUGUGAAUGGUUCCGCUUAAUGAUAAAUAUCUGUUAUUGCUCCUAAUAGAAAUUUACAAAAAAGUAUUUUAAAAUAAACUGAAGAAAAAGAAACAAAUAAAAUUAUCUGAAGGAGUAAAAUUAUUUCGUUAUUCGGUAGUGUAUUUGAAAAUAUGCAGCAAAAUACGCUGUGCUAAAUGCAUGGCGAUGAAGCGGAGAAAUUGUAAGCGAAAUAAUAAAUGUACUUAAGUGUACAUAAAUAUUUACGUGCAUGAGAAUUGCAAAAAGUCUUCCAUUAUUGUUAAAUAAAUAAAAAAGCACCAAAUUACGCAUAAUGAAUGUAAAUGGACACUGCAAUGUGAACAUAUCCUAAUCUACACACACCUAUAUAUACUAUUAUAUGCACAUUCAAAAUAUUUUUGAUGGGUAUGUUUAAAAAAAGAGUUUUGUAAAUAUAAAACUAGUAAAAUUUGAACGCUGAUACUAUGAAAAUGCUUUCUCUUCAAAAUAAAAAUUUAAUUGAACCCGGUUUUAAUUACAAAACAUAGCAAAUUAUUUGCAGACGUUCAAGAAUUUCGAACGGUAUUAUCAAUUUCCAAUAUUAAAUUUUACCUUGAAUCGCACAAACAUGCAUACCACAUAUGAAAUCUUAAUGUUGUUAUUUCUUGCAAAAAAAAA